ACAGCAUGCCGGUGGGGCGGGGCGCAGACGGCGCCGGCCUCCGCUGGCGGAGAGUGGGACCUACGAGAGCCCCUGGCGUGUCGGGCGCGGACAGAGGGGUCCGGCGGGGUCCUCAGGGCGCAGGGCAGCCGCCGCGGCUCCGGCGGCGUGGUCCGUAUCGCUCCUACACUGCUAAUCCCCGCCGAGUCAACAGCUCGCUAUCGCCGCCGUGCCGAUAGCGACACGCCAUUUUGAACGAGUCGUCAGUUGCCGCUGGCUGCCGGUAUCCUGCGGCUACACGGCGGCGGAGAGCUACUGAGGAGUCUGCGGAGGGCGACUGAGGAGUCUGCGGAGGGCGACUGAGGAGUCGGCAGAGGGCUACUGAGGACCAGCGUGGUGUCAGGGACUGGCCGACUGCAGGACUGACGGUGGCCGCGCGGGACGUCAGCCAUGCUGCUGCGGUGGCGAGGAGCGGCGGCAGUGCUUCUGCUGGCUGGUGUGGUUUCGGCACUCAUCCCAGACAACAUCUACCAGUGCUACAAGGAUGAAAACUACGAGCUGUUCAACAGGGCCAACAGACAGGGUAUGUCGAUUGACCAGCUGAUCGGCCUUAUCGAGAAGUUGGAGCACAGUUCACAGGCACAGAACAUGUCGCCGCAGCGGAUCACCGCCAGCCUGAUGCGCCGCUUCCGAUACGACGGCAUUAUCGAUCAGAACGUCAACUCUGAGAUGUCCUCCUACCUGGAGCCGUACACGGUCAUCCAGCCGGAGAACUCCAAGUACCAGAUGAUGACACGGCUCGUCCAGCUGGCCAAUGCCAACUUCCCCGACGAAGCCUUCACGCUGGAGGAAAGGUGCACCAUGCACUGGAUGCUGUCCCACUCUGUGAACGAGACGGAGCGCGAGGAUGAGAACGACUACUGCGCCAGGUCGUUCCGGCGCCGACGCCGACGCCGGCGCGCCGCCCGCCGCUACAACUCGCGCAGCUCCUCCAGCGGCUCCUCGGCCAAAACCGCAGGAGGAUUUGUCGGUAACGUGGUGGAAGAGGAUGCCAGCAGCUGCCCGCUGGAGCUGGGCGUCAUCUACUCGCCGUACGGCACCGUGGCGGCCGGCUCACUCAUAGCAGGUCUGGCGGCCGGUCUCUCCGAGCAGGACGUCAGCGUGGAGGAUACCGUGGGCGCAGACACGCUCACCAUGCAGUCGCUCAGCGACCAACAGCGCCGGCUGCAAAUCAACAACAUCUGGGCGACCACGAUAGCUGGCGACAUUGCUCAGACGGCGCUGCAUUACGAGGGCGGCGGUCAGAACAACAACGCGCCGCAGGUGAUCGGUCCGACCGGCUACUGGAACUGCACCUACUGCCCCCACGAGUACAACAUGCCCGACAGCGACGCCAUCUCGGCGCUGACCAACGCAGAGAUCUACGGAGGCAUCGACGGGUACCUGCUCGGCUCGCAGAUCUACCGCUGGUCCAAGCAGACCGGAUUCCGACUGUCGUCACUGCUGCGUAUGUACUACUCUCCCGAUGGAGUGAGCUACGACCGCCAGUUCCGCGCCUGCGACCGACUCACCAACUUCCUCAACGGCGACCUGGUCAACCAGGACACACUCAAGACCCAGGCGGUCAACUUUGGCUUCGCCUACUACUCGGCCGACCUGGGCCGGAUGCCGAUGCUGAACCAGGACAGCCUGGACGAGGCCAUGGACACGCUGAUGACCAAUGUCAUCGAGCAGCUGAACGACUUCGCGGGUAAGUCGAUGACUGAUGACGGCCCCGGCUGCAAGUACGUGCCGGCGCAGGGCGCCACCCCCGACGAGCCGACGUGCUCCACCAAGGCGGACGUCGUGGCCGUGUUCGACCCGAGCGUCAGCGGCAUCGGGGCGCAGGCGCAGAAAAUCUUCCUCUCGGAGCUGGCGCUGGCGCUGGACGUGGGCUGGAACAAGUCGUACAUGCACCUGGUCAGCGGUGAGGACGGCGCCGUGCUGCUGGACAAGUGGAACUACACCAACAAGGCGCGCCUGGCCUGCGACAUCCAGCGUGUGGACGUUCCGGACGGGCAGUACGACCUGGUGGCCACCCUGUACCGCCUGAUGACCUACUACGCUGAUAUGCUGGACCAGGAGGCCAACGAUGGCGCCUCUCGGUCCAACACCCAGGUGCUGCUGCUGAUGAGGUUCGGCAGCGGCUUCAGCAACAGCGACGAGGACAUCACCACCAUGCUCAACAACCUCUGCGAAGUGUUCCCCGACAUCAACAUCAUGACGGUGUCGGACAGCCAGGGGGCGUUCAGUAACAUCCAGCAGGCGAUGGACCGGCGCCAGUUCCUGGCCGACAACAUGUUCGCGUCCGAGUCCUCUCAGCGCGCCACCCGCGAAACCCUGGUGCCGGAGGUCAUCGCCAACAUGUGCAACGCGCCGUCACGGUUCGUGUACCCCGCCUGCCACACGGACGACCCAAUGUUCACCAACGUCAACGAGGGUAACCACGAGUACACCUACUACGUCGAGCCCAACAAGGUGACCUACCUGCGGGUCGGGCCGCAGCAGUUCUUCUCCAGCAACGACCUCAAGAUCCAGUUCGAGUCGGUGUACGGCCCCCUGCAGGUCUGCCUCAGCCGCACCGAUCCGCAGGCCCCUGUCGACGCCGAUGACGCCCAGUGCGUCUCCACCGAGUCCUCCCAGUCGAGUCAGGUGGAGUUCGAGCUCGGCACGCCCUGCUCCGAGGACCAGAUGAACGACGACUGCCCGCCGCUCUACUUCUCCAUCCAGCAGAACCCCGAGAAGACGUCCGCCAUCUCCGUCUGCACAGACGACGAGUGUCCGUUCCCGGACAGCAUCCAGUUCACCAUCACACACGAGAACAUGCGCUGCAACUCGGCCGGCGGUGCGACGCUGUCUCUGCUGCUGCUGGGGGCCGCCGUCGGCCUGCGCCGCCUGUUCGGCUAGGCGGCGGUAGGCGGGUGACAGGCGGCGGUAGGCGGGCGCCGCCUGUUCGGCUAGGCAGUGGUAGGCGGGCGUCGACCGGUGCUGUGCAGUGACUCGUGACCGGUGAGCGGUCGCUGGGCUGGGGCAGUCAGUGGCCGAGUGGCGGGGUAACUGAGCUUAGACGGGGACCGAGCUUAUUGUGCCGAGGGGCGCCCAACGAGCGGAGCUCUGUGUUAGAUCGGCAGUAGCGACUGCUAUUGUUAUACUCGCUGAUCCCCGGCGGUAUCGCUGAGACACGUCAUUAAUUAUAGAGCUGGGUGACCCCGUCUGGAUUCUCUUCGAUUUUGUUUAAAUCCCUCCCGUAUCACGAUCAAUAAAUAAAGCGGGUUGCAUGUCAGCGGGUCCCAGUUUCCCUGCAGGUGCUUUUUGAGAGCGGGUUAUAUGUGAACUGUAUGACGGGUCCCAGCUGGGGGCCAUUGUUCCCAGUGUAUGUGUUUUGCUGUUACUAGUGAGUGCCCCUUCCUGAAACGAAAUCCAAUCAACAGCUUCUAAGAAUAGUGUCGAUGACACCUUAAUCAAACCCUACUAUCACUUCCUUUCUGUUUCUGGUAUCGUUUUUGUGUGCAGUCAGUCGUGAUGGGGCGGAUUUUCACGCCAAAUAAAUGAUUUAAUUAGUGAAAUGCCGUCCAUUUGGCUUUUCGUAGGGCCCAGUUGUUGAUUACUCUAUAUUGUAGAACAAUGCUGUAAUUUAGAUAUUGGGCAUUGGACAAGUUAUCAUAGUAGGCUUUCGUUGGUGAGCAUUCAGUUUUAUAUUACCCAUUAAAAAUAUGUUAUGCAGUUCAUUUGGGGAAGUAUUUUAAGCAGAAGUGCGUAUUGCGAACCCCCGCAAAUGUGGUUUACAGACAGUUCCAUAAGAAUUAUCCCGUUGUCGCUUUACAUGUUAAGAGAUUGGCGUUAAAUGUCGUCAGGUCUAAGGCUGCAUGGCCCAGGAAUCGGUUGUGAUUCACACAGUAGUUCGUGUCAAAUGACUGAGCCGUGCUCUUUUCAAAUAAAUCAACAAAAUA